GUGUAGAGAGUCCUAGUGGCAGGACACCCUGAAAUCAGCUUAUCGUAAGGAAAAUACUGCCUCAGCCAUGUCGGGAGAGGGUGAAUUGUCGGUUUUCGGGGAGGCCGCCCCCUUCCUGCGGAAAUCAGAAAAAGAAAGAUUGGAGGCUCAGAACAAGCCUUUCGAUGCCAAGAAUACUUGCUUUGUGGAAGACCUCAAAGAGCUGUAUAUCAAAGGUAUCAUCACCGCCCGCGACAGUGGUAAAGUCACUGUGAAGACUGAUGAUGGAAAGGACGUAACUGUGAAAGACACUCAGGUUUACCCUCAGAACCCUCCCAAGUUUGACAAGAUUGAGGACAUGGCGAUGCUGACCCACCUGAAUGAGGCGUCUGUGCUGUAUAACCUCAAAGAGCGUUACGCAGCCUGGAUGAUCUACACCUACUCCGGCCUUUUCUGCGUCACUGUCAACCCCUACAAAUGGCUGCCAGUGUACAACCCCGAAGUGGUUAAUGGCUACAGAGGAAAGAAGCGUAUGGAAGCCCCACCACACAUCUUCUCCAUCUCUGAUAACGCCUAUCAGUUCAUGUUAACAAACCGUGAAAACCAGUCUAUCCUGAUUACCGGAGAAUCUGGGGCUGGAAAGACUGUGAACACCAAGCGUGUCAUCCAAUACUUUGCAACAAUUGCAGCUGUUGGUGAUUCAGCAAAGAAGAAGGAGCCAAGCAACAGCUUGAAGGGAACUCUGGAAGAUCAAAUCAUUCAGGCUAACCCUCUGCUGGAAGCCUUUGGUAACGCCAAAACUGUGAGAAAUGACAACUCCUCUCGUUUUGGUAAAUUCAUCAGAAUCCACUUCGGAACCACAGGAAAAUUGUCUUCUGCUGACAUUGAGACUUACCUGCUGGAAAAGUCCAGAGUGACAUUCCAGCUUUCAGCUGAGAGAAGUUACCACAUCUUCUACCAGAUCCUGACCAACAAGAAGCCGGAAGUUGUUGAAAUGCUUCUCCUUACUACAAACCCAUACGACUACGCCUUCAUCAGCCAAGGUGAAAUUGCUGUGAAGAGUAUUGAUGACGAAGAGGAGUUGAUGGCUACAGACAAUGCCAUCGACGUCCUGGGCUUCACACAAGAAGAAAAGCUUGGCAUCUACAAGAUGACUGGAGCAGUCAUGCACCACGGGAACAUGAGAUUUAAGCAAAAGCAAAGAGAGGAGCAGGCUGAACCUGAUGGCGCUGAAGUUGCUGAUAAAAUUGGCUACUUGAUGGGUCUGAACUCUGCUGAUCUUCUGAAGGCUUUGUGCUACCCAAGGGUCAAAGUCGGCAAUGAAUAUGUCACCAAGGGACAAACCGUUCAACAGGUUUACAACUCCAUCGGUGCCAUCAGUAAGUCUACCUUUGAGAAGCUUUUCUUUUGGAUGGUCGCCCGUAUCAACCAACAGCUGGACACUAAACAACCAAGACAGUACUUCAUUGGUGUGCUGGAUAUUGCUGGCUUUGAGAUCUUUGACUACAACAGUCUAGAACAACUCUGCAUUAACUUCACCAAUGAAAAGCUGCAACAGUUCUUCAACCAUCACAUGUUCGUCCUGGAACAAGAAGAGUACAAGAAGGAAGGAAUCGAGUGGGAAUUCAUUGACUUUGGUAUGGAUCUGGCUGCUUGCAUUGAGCUCAUUGAGAAGCCCAUGGGUAUCUUCUCAAUCCUGGAAGAAGAGUGCAUGUUCCCCAAGGCUACUGACACCUCCUUCAAAAACAAGCUGUAUGACCAGCAUCUUGGCAAGUGCAAGAACUUUGAGAAGCCCAAGCCUGGUAAAGGAAAGGCAGAAGCUCACUUCUCCUUGGUGCAUUAUGCUGGUACUGUGGAUUACAACAUUACUGGCUGGCUGGAGAAGAACAAGGACCCACUGAACGAGACUGUGAUUGGCCUCUACCAGAAAUCUUCAGUGAAACUCCUGUCCUUCCUCUACUCCAGUUACGCCGGAUCUGAUGCCGCAAGUGAAGGUGGAAAAGGAAAGAAAAAGAAGGGUUCAUCUUUCCAGACUGUCUCUGCUCUGUUCAGAGAAAAUCUGAACAAGCUGAUGACUAACCUGAGGAGCACUCAUCCUCACUUUGUGCGUUGUCUGAUUCCCAAUGAGACCAAGACUCCAGGUACCAUGGAGAAUCAUCUGAUCAUCCACCAGCUGAGAUGUAACGGUGUGCUGGAGGGUAUUAGAAUCUGCAGAAAGGGAUUCCCCAGCAGGAUCCUCUAUGCUGACUUCAAACAACGUUACAAGGUUCUCAAUGCUAGUGCAAUCCCAGAUGGUCAAUUCAUUGACAGCAAGAAGGCCGCUGAGAAGCUACUUGGCUCUAUUGAUGUGGAUCAUAGCCAGUACAAGUUUGGUCACACUAAGGUUUUCUUCAAAGCUGGUCUCCUGGGUACUCUGGAAGAAAUGAGAGAUGACAAGUUGGCACAACUUAUCACUCGUACUCAGGCUUUGUGCAGAGGUUUCUUAAUGAGAAUUGAAUUCAAGAAAAUGGUGGAGAGAAGGGACGCAAUCUUUAUCAUCCAGUACAACGUCAGGUCAUUCAUGAAUGUGAAGCACUGGCCAUGGAUGAAGUUGUACUUUAAGAUCAAACCUCUCCUGAAGAGUGCCGAGACUGAAAAGGAGAUGGCCAACAUAAAGGAAGUGUUCGAGAAGACCAAAGAAGCCCUUACUAAGUCCGAUGCAAGGAGGAAAGAACUGGAAGAGAAAAUGGUUGUUCUGCUUCAAGAAAAGAAUGACUUAUUGCUGCAAGUGCAAUCCGAAGGAGAGAACUUGACUGAUGCAGAAGAGAGGUGUGAAGGUCUCAUUAAGAACAAAAUCAAUCUGGAAGCCAAAAUAAAGGAAAUCACAGAAAGGCUUGAAGAUGAGGAGGAAAGCAAUGCUGAACUGACGGCCAAGAAGAGGAAACUUGAAGAUGAGUGCUCUGAACUGAAGAAAGACAUUGAUGACCUAGAGCUUACUCUGGCCAAAGUCGAGAAGGAAAAGCAUGCCACUGAAAACAAGGUUAAAAACCUUACUGAAGAAUUGGCCGGAUUGGAUGAGAACAUUUCAAAGAUUACCAAAGAGAAGAAAGCUCUCCAGGAGGCUCACCAGCAAACGCUUGAUGACCUGCAGGCUGAGGAGGACAAAGUUAGCUCUCUGACCAAAGCCAAAACUAAACUGGAACAACAAGUAGAUGAUUUGGAAGGGUCCUUGGAACAAGAGAAGAAACUACGUCUUGACCUUGAAAGAGCCAAGAGAAAGCUUGAAGGUGAUCUGAAGCUAGCUCAAGAAACAAUUAUGGAUCUAGAAAAUGAGAAACAGCAAAGUGAAGAAAAAAUUAAGAAGAAGGACUUUGAGCUAAGCCAGCUACAAGGAAAGAUUGAAGAUGAGCAGUCCCUGAGUUCUCAACUGCAGAAAAAGAUCAAGGAGCUGCAGGCCCGUAUUGAAGAGGUGGAGGAAGAGAUUGAAGCUGAGCGUGCUGCUCGGGCCAGGGUUGAGAAGCAAAGGUCUGACUUGUCCAGAGAACUUGAGGAAAUCAGUGAACGGCUUGAAGAAGCUGGAGGAGCAACCUCAGCUCAGAUUGAAUUGAACAAGAAGCGUGAGGCAGAGUUCCAGAAACUGAGACGUGACUUGGAAGAGUCCACCCUCCAGAAUGAAGCCACCUCUGCGGCCCUGCGCAAGAAGCAUGCCGACAGUGUCGCUGAACUUGGAGAACAGAUUGAUAAUCUCCAGAGAGUUAAACAGAAGCUGGAGAAGGAGAAGAGCGAGCUGAAGAUGGAAAUUGAUGACCUUGCCAGCAACUUAGAAAAUGUCUCAAAAUCUAAGGCCAACCUUGAAAAAGUGAGCCGUGUCCUUGAAGACCAACUCAGUGAAAUUAAGGCUAAAGAUGAUGAGCACCAGCGUCUUAUCAAUGACCUCACAGCCCAAAGAGCACGUUUCCAGACUGAAAAUGGUGAGCAAUCCCGUCAACUAGAGGAAAAAGACGCUCUGGUGUCCCAACUGACCAGAGGAAAACAAGGUUUCACACAGCAGGUUGAAGAACUCAAGAGGCAGCUGGAAGAGGAAACCAAGGCCAAGAAUGCCCUUGCUCAUGCUCUGCAAUCUUCCCGCCAUGACUGCGAUUUGCUCCGUGAACAAUAUGAGGAGGAGCAAGAGGCAAAGGCCGAGUUCCAAAGAGCUUUGUCCAAGGCCAAUGGUGAAGUGGCCCAAUGGAGAACCAAAUAUGAAACUGAUGCCAUUCAGCGCACAGAAGAGCUGGAAGAAGCCAAGAAAAAGCUUGCACAGCGUCUCCAAGAUGCAGAGGAGCAAGUAGAAGCUGUUAACUCCAAAUGUGCCUCCCUGGAGAAGACCAAACAGAGGCUGCAGGCUGAAGUUGAGGACCUGAUGGUUGAUGUUGAGAGGGCAAAUAGCGCAGCUGCUGCUCUUGAUAAGAAGCAAAGGAACUUUGACAAGGUCCUUGUUGAAUGGAAGCAGAAGUUUGAAGAGGGUCAGGCUGAGUUGGAGGCAGCUCAGAAAGAAGCUCGAGGUCUGAGCACAGAGAUCUUCAAGCUGAAGAACGCCUACGAGGAAUCUCUAGAACAAGUUGAAACCUUGAAACGUGAAAACAAGAACCUGCAGCAGGAGAUUUCAGAUCUGACCGAACAGGUUGCUGAAUCAGGCAAGUCCAUCAAUGAGCUGGAGAAAGCCAAAAAACAAGUGGAACAGGAGAAGAAUGAUCUGCAAGCUGCCUUGGAGGAAGCCGAGGGAUCUCUGGAACAUGAAGAAUCAAAGAUACUUCGCAUCCAGCUGGAGCUGAACCAGGUGAAAUCUGAGGUGGACAGGAAGAUUGCAGAGAAAGAUGAGGAGAUUGAUCAGUUGAAGAGGAACAGCCAGAGAGUUAUUGAUACCAUGCAGAGCACAUUGGACUCUGAGAUCAGAAGCAGGAAUGACGCUCUGAGGCUGAAGAAGAAGAUGGAAGGAGACCUGAAUGAGCUGGAGAUUCAGCUCAGUCAUGCCAAUCGUCAAGCAACAGAGGCACUGAAACAGCUGAGAAAUGUGCAAGCACAACUGAAGGAUGCCCAGCUACAGCUGGAUGAUGCCAUCAGGAGCCAGGAAGACCUAAAAGAACAAGUGGCUGUUGUGGAACGUAGGAACAACCUGCAACAGGCUGAAAUUGAGGAGAUCCGUUCUGCUCUGGAACAGACAGAAAGGUCCCGUAAGGUGGCAGAGCAGGAACUUCUGGAUGCAAGUGAACGCCUUCAGCUUCUUCACUCCCAGAACACAAGCCUUAUCAACACCAAGAAGAAGUUAGAGAAUGAUACCAGUCAACUACAGACUGAAGUGGAGGAAGCAAUCCAAGAAUCUAGGAACGCAGAAGAAAAGGCCAAGAAGGCAAUCACUGAUGCUGCUCUGAUGGCAGAAGAACUGAAGAAGGAGCAGGACACCAGCGCCCACUUAGAGAGAAUGAAGAAGAACCUUGAACAGACAGUGAAGGACCUUCAGCACCGUCUGGAUGAAGCAGAACAGCUUGCAUUAAAGGGUGGCAAAAAACAGCUCCAGAAACUGGAGGCUAGGGUACGCGAAUUAGAAAACGAGCUGGAGAAUGAACAGAAGCGUGGCACUGAAUCAAUUAAAGGCGUUCGUAAAUAUGAAAGAAGAGUGAAGGAGCUGACUUAUCAGACUGAGGAAGACAGGAAAAAUGUCUUGAGACUUCAAGAUCUGGUAGACAAGCUGCAGCUGAAGGUCAAAGCUUACAAGAGACAGGCUGAGGAAUCUGAGGAACAGGCCAAUGCCCACCUGUCCCGCUUCAGAAAAGUCCAGCAUGAGUUGGGGGAAGCUGAGGAAAGAGCCGAUAUUGCUGAGUCCCAAGUGAACAAACUCAGAGCAAAGAGCCGCGACAUCGGUGGCAAGGUACAGGACAUUACAAUGAUUUCUAUAAAAAAAGACAAUGAAGAAUGA